UGAGGUUUCAUUUCGUCGCGCGCCUGUCAGGCGAUGCGAAGUUUGCUGUGAUGGCUUUAUUUAACAUUUAUAUAUUUUUUUCAUUUUUAUGAUAUCACGUGCCCCGCAAGUUUGAUAGUUUAAUUAGAAUUAAUUUAUAUUUAUGUGUUUGACAAAAAUGGCGAAUUCAUCCCAAAAAAUCGUGUACAAGCUAGUACUAACCGGAGGACCUUGCGGCGGUAAAACCACGGGACAAUCCCGUCUCAGCACAUUCUUCGAAAACUUGGGAUGGAAGGUGUUCCGGGUGCCGGAAACGGCUACCGUCCUCCUAAGUGGCGGCAUAAAGUUUGUAGAUCUCAGCCCAGAUGAAGCAAUGAAGUUCCAGGAGAAUCUACUGAAGACGAUGAUACAGAUCGAGAACACCUUCUUCGAGUUGGGCAGAACUUGUCAGAGGAACUGCCUCAUCAUAUGCGAUAGAGGGGCCAUGGACGCUAGCGCAUUUAUAUCAAAGGAGAAAUGGGAAGCCAUGUUGAACGCAAAUAACUGGAACAGUGUAGAAUUGCGUGACAACAGAUACAACCACAUAGUACACAUGGUCUCAGCGGCUAACGGGGCUGAAGACUUCUACUCCACAGAGGAGCACGCGUGUAGGUCAGAAGGCGUGGAGUUGGCUAGGGAAUUGGAUUACAACGCAGCGGCCGCUUGGAUAGGUCACCCAUACUUCGACGUCAUUGACAAUUCUACCGACUUCGACAAGAAGAUGAACCGUCUUCUGGCUUGCGUGUGCCAGCGGGUCGGCCUGGACACCGGCGACCGACUGAACGUUAACUCCAAGAAGCGCAAGUUCCUAGUGAAGCCGCCGUUGUUGCCGGACGCAGAGUUCCCUCCAUUCCAGGACUUCGACGUGGUCCACAACUAUCUUCAGAGCGACGUGCGCAAGGCCCAAGUCAGGCUGCGGAAGCGCGGUCAGAAGGGCCACUGGUCAUACAUCCACACCGUACGCAAAUUCCAUCCCACGAACGGCCAGUCUGUGGAAGUCCGCACGCAGCUGACUCACCGCGACUACCUCAACAUGCUGCCCCAAAGGGACGACGCUCAUUUUACCAUCUUCAAAAAGAGACGUUGCUUCAUAUACAACAACCAAUACUACCAGCUCGAUAUCUACCGACAACCCACACAUCCCAGGUGUCGCGGUCUAGUUCUUCUGGAGACCUACAGCGGUAUGUACGACCAAGAUGCUCUGCUCGCAUCUCUGCCAAAGUUCCUUACUAUUGAGAAGGAGGUGACCGGUGACCCUGCUUACUCCAUGUACAAUUUGUCUCUGAAGGAGGACUGGAAGACCUCCACUAAAUACUACUCCGGCUCCGAAGGUAACGGGCAAACGAAAUGUAUGAAUGGUCACAGUACAGAAAAAGCUAACGGCCAUAUUAGAAACGGUCAUACAGAGAAAGUUAACGGCCAUGACGCUAAAGCUAACGGUCACGGGGCGAAGGUCAUAGGUCACACGUACAGCAAGAUAUCGAGCAUAGGGGGCGACAGGAACGGUUAUCAUAAGGAGAACGGCUUUGGGCACAUUAACGGUGACGUCACGGAUGCUGACUACAACAUGAAGAACACCAAGGCCAGAUCACCAAAGAUACACAAGAAAGAUGCUGUUAAAGUAUAGACCUGCGUAAUUAUAUAAGUAUUUAUAUAUAUAAUAAAAAAAAUAUCUUAACAUUUCAAUAUACAAUGAAACUGUCAGCUGGACACGCAAGCUAUUUGUAAUAGUUCACACUGUGCGUGUGCUUAUUAUGUAUGUAUGUGUAGCUAUGACCGUUUAUUGCCAAAUAAAUCAAAUAUUUUUAUAAUAUAUCUUGACUACGAGAUGUUUUCUAACGUAGCUGACGCAUGAGAUGUUUGACAUUGUCAUAGUAUUCCAUUGAUAUAAUGAAAUUAUUAUUCUUUGUAUUGUUUGUGCCUUCGUCUUUACAGUAUUUCUAUUUAAAGACAUUUCUCAUAAAUAGCAAUAAUGUUAUUAUAUUUUUUCCCGGUAUUAGUUUUCAGUAAUUUAAAUAGAUUUAUAACAAUAUAUAUAUGUGAUCCUAAUGAAUAUGUCUUUUAAAACUUUGUUGAAACUUGUUGUCUCGCUCUCAUUGUAUUACAUGAAUGAAUUUAUUAUUUAAUAUUCCCUUUAUUUGAUAUAUAAUGUACCGUACAAUGAUAUCACCGAAAGCUCUAUGUAUUUAUAUAUGAAGUACAUAAUUUUAUGUAGAAUUUUAUAAAUUCCCACCUCAUGUUUUAUUCAAUCAGUGUAUGUACUUAAAAAAAUAUAAAUCGUGACACAUUUAUAAAAGUAUUUCAAAGCUAGUUUAGUUGGCGGAAGCUGUGGAAGGUUGUAGUUUAUUAGUACUUCGUAUGAAAUCACCGUAGUAGCAUUGGUUAAUGGCUGUGCUAUAUAAAUGUUAUAAAGAAACCUAUAGAGCUGUCUCGGCUUAGAGAACCGGACGAACGCGAGCCUGUAAUUGCACUAGGUUGCAUUAGUUUGCAUUGUUAUAUUUUAUUCAUUGUGAAUUAUUUUUAUGCAACCUUAGUAUUUUAGACUUAAAUCUCAACAUUUGAUGUACCACUUAGCACUUAUUCUUUAAAUAAAGAUGUGCCCCUAA